AUGUUUGACAAAGUAGACGUGGAGAUAAUAAGAGCGGGCCUUAGUAUCGAUUACCGACAGUUCAGAAAAAUCUACAGAAAGCUGAUAAUUAUAGCGAUUUGCUCUGGAUUUUGUAAAUCGCUAUCUCAUAUCCUUGUUUUCCAAUCUCUUUCCGUUCAAUGUUUAACUGCUAACCUAUCCAAAGUAAUCAACAUUCUAAGAAAAUAUUUCGUCAUAGUGAUGAUGCUCCACGUUGAUAUAAGAUUUUUGGAAAUCAAUAACGGAAUGAAGCGGCUUAUUUCAAAAGUCGACUCCGGCACCAAAUUGGCAUUGAUCUUUACAGAGGAGCAUAGCCAGAUAACAGAUCGGCUUCAUACAUACUGUUACAUUCAUCGAACUUUGAGUCAGGCUGCCUGCAAGCUUAACGAUAUCUUCUCGAUGGAAUUACUAUUUUCGUUGGCACUAUCUCUAGUUUCUGUGUUGCAUUUCUCUUAUUUCCUUUAUUUCGUAUCGACAAAGGAAAACGGUUUCUCGAAUAACACUGACAUCUAUUCUAUCGUUUUCUGCGUGGUGUCACUUGUUGAUGAAAUGAUUGUCGUCUUCAUUGUUAUUUCUAGUUAUACCAACGUAUGCGAUACGGCGAAUGAAAUCACAAGUCUUUUGCACGAGCUAAGAAAUAAAAUUUCGAAUUCUGAAUUUGACGAACAAGUCCAGAUAAUAUGUAUACAACUAUUACAUCAAAGAUUAAAGUUCAGCGCUCGAGGAUUUUUCCAAAUUGAUUAUAGUCUCAUUUAUUCGAUGGCAAGCCAUUUGGUUAAUUAUUUUAUCAUAUUGGUGCAAUAUGCUCAGUCGGUGCAAAAUUACCUAAAGCAACAACAGCGGCAAAAUAAUAGAGAGUUUUAA